AAAAGCAAUCGAGAAACAAAUGGUUGAAUGUUGAAAAAAAUCAGGGACUUCCUGUUCUUCAAAGUCUUUACUCAGCUCAAUAGUUCGCCCCUCUCUCUAAAAGCCUAAAUGAUAAGUUUCUUAACCCAAGUCUUGCCUUAAACACAUGGCAAUGGUUUCUUCAAGACUUGUCUUCCUCGUUUCCAUUUGCAUUCUGGUUUCUCAAGCCAUUGCUCUGCCAGACUUCCUACACCAUUUCUGUUUAGGCAAGGGUAACUACACAAGCAACAGUGCCUACAAUACAAACCUCAAUCAAGUUCUCUCCUCCCUCUCCUCCAACACAGAAAUUGACUAUGGGUUCUACAAUUUUUCUUAUGGCCAAAGCCCUGACAAAGUGUAUUCACUUGGACUUUGUAGAGGAGAUGCCAAGCCAGAUAUUUGCCGUAGUUGCCUCAAUAACGCUACAAAUCUUCUCCCUCUGCGUUGUCCCAAUCAGAAGGAAGCAAUAGGAUGGUAUGACUAUUGCAUGUUACGCUACUCAUUCCGUGACAUAUUUGGCAUCAUGGAAAUUAGUCCUCCUUUCUAUAUGUGUAGCGGGAAUAACGUAUCAGCCAAUUAUGAUCAGUUCAGUCAGGACCUGAGGACCUUGUUGGAAAGCCAAAGAGGUCGAGCUGCAGCAGGCGGUUCUCUUCGUAAGUUUGCUGCGGGAAAUGCAACAGCACCAAACAAUCAAACACUAUAUUCACUUGUGCAGUGCACACCUGAUUUGUCUGAUCAAGAUUGCAGGGAUUGCUUGUUUGGGGCUAUGGAAGAUAUACGAAAUUAUUGUGCUGGGAAGCAACGUGGGAGAGUUAUCAAACCCAGCUGUAAUUUAAGGUUUGACGUCGCUCUCUUCUAUGACGCCAAAGCUGAUAAUGCAUCAGACAACACCCCUGCUGCAAAAGGAAAGGAGAGUAACAAAUCUCAAACAGUCAUCAUAGUUGUACCCAUUAUUUCUUUUGUGGUACUAAUUAUAAUCUCCUUCUGCAUCUACUUAAGAGUCAGGAAACCAAGGGAGAAACCACAAAGUGAAUCUGGGGAUGAGAUUAGAAGUGUGGAAUCUUUGCAGUUAGGCUUUGGCACUAUUAAAGUUGCAACAGAUGACUUUUCUGAUGCAAAUAAGCUUGGACAAGGUGGAUUUGGUAUUGUUUACAAGGGUAAACUCUCUGAUGGACAAGUUAUUGCUGUGAAAAGGCUUUCAAAAAAUUCUAGUCAAGGAGAUCUUGAAUUUAAGAAUGAAGUUUUGUUAGUGGCCAAGCUUCAACACCGAAAUUUAGUUAGACUCCUAGGAUUUUGCUUGGAAGGAAUUGAAAGGCUUCUAAUUUAUGAGUUUGUGCCCAAUGGAAGUCUUGAUAACUUCAUUUUUGAUCCAAUCAAGAGUGUCCUACUGGAUUGGGCAAGACGCUACAAAAUCAUAGGAGGCAUUGCACGAGGUCUUCUCUACCUUCAUGAAGACUCUCGAGUUCGUAUUAUUCAUCGGGAUCUCAAAGCAAGCAAUAUCCUAUUAGAUUUUGAAAUGAAUCCAAAAAUUUCAGAUUUUGGAAUGGCAAGUUUGUUUGAACUUGAUCAAAGCAAAGGCAAUACUAGUAGAAUUGUGGGGACCUAUGGAUAUAUGUCUCCAGAGUAUGCAAUGCAUGGACAAUUCUCAGUAAAGUCUGAUGUCUAUAGUUUUGGUGUGCUAGUGUUGGAGAUAAUAAGUGGACGAAAGAAUAGCUCCUUCCGCAAUGGAGAGAAUUUUGAGGACCUUCUAAGCUAUGCAUGGAAAAAUUGGAAACGGGGUAUAGUUUCAAAUCUUGUAGAUCCCACGUUGAAGGUAGGUUCGACAACCGAAAUAAUGAGAUGUAUUCAGAUUGGAUUAUUAUGUGUUCAAGAAAAUGUUGCUCAUAGACCAACUAUGGCAUCUGUUGUUCUUAUGCUUAAUAGCUACUCUAUUACCCUAUCAAUACCUUCGAAACCAGCAUUUUUUAUGAACAGUGAUACUAAAUCAAACAUUUGCUUGCAAUGGGAGCAUGAUUCAAGGGUGACAAAGUCAAAUCAAUCUAAAAGUAGCUCUGUCCAAGCUUCGAUAAAUGAGGUGUCAAUCACAGAGCUAUCUCCUCGCUAAUGUUUAAUGAAUUUGAAAUGUAAUACUACUAUUUUCCUUAUUUAUUUAUUUUAAUUGAAGAAUACACAAUAUAACAAUA